GGAGUAUAAAACUAUAAAUUAUCACAUCGUUACCCUUUUUACGUUUUCUAAGCAUUCAUAUCUUUUCCUUCUCUCUCCUCAUCACUGUUUCUCUCCGUUUUCUUUUCUCGCCGGGAAACAAACUUUUCCGUUCACCGGAAAACCGCUUUCUCUUUUUUUCUUCUAUAUUCCGCGCCACCGUAGGAAGCCGGUCACGGUGUUCCGAUUGAAACACUCGCAUUCACUCUCAAUUCCCCGUGUUUGCUCCUACACGGCGUUGGAUCUCUCCGUAACGCCGUAUCACCCUCGUAUACGGCGUCGUUCGAGAAUGUGGCGAGCCUCGUUGUAUUAAAACGCUACGUUCUAAUCUACAACGUUCAGGAUCGUGAUUUAGGGUUUCGCUUUGUGAUUUCGUUUCGGUUUCGUGAUUCUUCAAACUUGUGAUUGUUCCUUCAAGCUUACGAAAACGGAGACCGUAGGGGAACGAGUUCGUAAUGAAAUGGUAGAAGGAGGUAGAGUACGACUAUCUGAGGAGGCUAGAAAUGGGUUAGAAUUUUUGAAGCGUAAAAGGCUUCAGCGUGCACAAGCCAUUGCUGCCACUCAGACAAGUGCUGCUAACGUGAUGAAUAGAAGUGGAGGAGAUGCUUUAAGAGGUUCACCUUCUUGUGGCACGAGAUUGCAUGGUAAUCCAGAUGUGUUUUUCAAGCGGAAGGUGGAUAAGUUUGAUACAAGCGAUUUGGAUUGGACUGAUAAAAUUCCAGAAUGUCCUGUGUAUUCUCCAACAAAGGAGGAAUUUGAAGAUCCUUUGGUUUAUUUGCAGAAGAUAGCUCCAGAAGCUUCUAAAUAUGGUAUAUGCAAGAUUAUUUCGCCUUUGAGUGCUUCUGUACCGGCUGGGGUUGUUUUAAUGAAGGAGCAACCUGGAUUCAAGUUUACAACCAGAGUGCAGCCUCUCCGCUUUGCUGAAUGGGAUACUGAAGACAAAGUCACAUUUUUCAUGAGUGGAAGAAAUUAUACAUUCCGUGAAUAUGAGAAAAUGGCAAACAAGGUUUUUGCACGAAGAUAUUGCAGCGUUGGAUGUCUUCCUGCCACUUACUUGGAAAAGGAGUUUUGGCAGGAAAUUGGUCGUGGGAAAAUGGAUACUGUUGAAUAUGCAUGUGAUGUUGAUGGCAGUGCUUUUUCAACUUCUCCUACUGAUCAGCUUGGGAACAGCAAAUGGAAUUUGAAGAAACUUUCCCGGUUGCCCAAAUCAACUUUGCGUCUAUUGGAAACGUCAAUUCCGGGAGUAACAGAACCCAUGCUAUACAUUGGAAUGCUGUUUAGUAUGUUUGCAUGGCAUGUGGAGGAUCAUUAUUUGUACAGCAUUAACUAUCAGCACUGUGGAGCAUCAAAAACUUGGUAUGGUAUCCCUGGUCACGCAGCUUUGGAAUUUGAAAGGGUGGUGAGAGAACAUGUGUAUUCUACUGAUAUUUUGUCAAGUGAUGGAGAAGAUGGAGCCUUUGAUGUUCUCUUGGGGAAAACAACUUUAUUUCCACCUAAUAUUUUGAUGGAGCAUAAAGUCCCUGUCUAUAAGGCUGUUCAAAAGCCAGGGGAGUUUGUAAUAACCUUCCCUAGAGCGUAUCAUGCAGGCUUCAGUCAUGGUUUCAACUGUGGAGAAGCAGUGAAUUUUGCACUUGGUGAUUGGUUUCCUCUUGGGGCUAUUGCAAGCAGGAGAUAUGCACUUCUUAACAGGGUACCUUUACUGCCCCAUGAAGAACUUCUUUGCAAAGAAGCGAUGCUUAUUCAUUCAAGCUUGGAGCUUGAAGAUUCAGACUUUCCCUCUUCAGACUUGUUAUCUCAUCAUAGAACAAAGAUAUCUUUCAUUAAUUUGUUGCGUUUCCAGCAUUGUGCUAGUUGGUUACUAAUGAAAUCAAGGGCGUGUAUUAGUGUUUCUUCUCAUUCGCAUGGCACAAUUCUCUGUAGCCUGUGCAAACGUGACUGUUAUGUAGCUUAUGUUGACUGCAGCUGUCAUAUGCAUCCUGUAUGCUUACGCCAUGAUGUUAAAUCUCUUGACUUCAUCUGUGGGAGCAAACACACUCUUUAUCUGAGAGAGGAUAUUGCGGAUAUGGAAGCUGCGGCAAAGAUGUUUGAGCAGGAAGAUGGGAUAUUGGAUGAGAUAAGCAAGCAAUCCAAAAGUGACCAAAAUAUGUAUUCACAUCCUUUGUCAGAUAUGUUUCAGAGAGCUGAAGCAAAUGGAUAUGAACCUUAUUGCGAGCUUAAACUUGAUUCUAUGAUUGAAUUUUAUACAACUCCAGGACUGUCAACAAAUAAUCCAGAGUGUGGUACACAAAAUCAAUUUGUUUUGGGGCAUUGCUCAGAAAUUCCUAAACCAGAAGUGUCCGACGUUUCCUUUUCUGCUGCAUCCACUCUUUGUUCUCUAUCAGAACCUCAUGACUGUUCCUCUGCUCCCAAAAAUGCUGAGGGGCAUUGUGAAGAACUUGGCGAAACAAUAUCCAACAGUGCAUGCGAAUCUUCUCUAUCCCCUGCUUUGUAUCAUGAAAGCUCGGUUAAACUGCAUGAUCUACAGAAACCUGACAUCAAGCCCAUAGCAGAUAACGACAGUGAUGAUUCUGAUUCAGGAAUAUUUAGGGUAAAGCGCCCUUCCUCUCUUAAAGCAGAGAAAAGAAAUCUGAAGAUCAUGGCUUCAAAACAUUCUGAGCAGCAGGGACUUAAACGUUUGAAGAAAGUCCUUCCUGAAGGAAAAAGCAACAGGCAGCAAAUGAAUUUCAGAACCAGUGAAUCAAGUGAUAAAUAUAACCCUGUUAAUGAUAAAGUUGAUAUCUCCUUGAAGAACAGAUUUGCAAGGGGAAAUGGCACUCCCAUUUCAGCAAGAUAUAAAAAGUCAGGCAAUGAGGAAAUAAGUAUGCAUAUGCAACAAGAUCACCACCGAAGAGAGAGGUUGCAGCAAACUUAUAGAGAAGCGCCUUCCAUUGAGAUUGGGCCAAAGCGACUCAAAGUCCGAGGCCCUUCAUUUUUGGGCAUAGAGAGCAGAUUGAAUUGAAGUGUUUCAAGUUGCCUUUUGAAAAUAUUUGGAGAGUCUGACUUUGCUAACUUCAUUUUAGCUAAUGGGCUUUCUAACAAUACAGAAAAUCCAAAUGAUUGAUUCAGGAAGCAGCCGCAAGGUAUUAACCAAUUAGGAUAUGAAUUUACAUUCUUUGUGCAGGCAAGCCCUAACAUUUGGGCAGUCUGCACGGGUGGUGAUCCUUGGGUUCUCUGGCCGGGGUGUUUUUCCUACUUCGCUGGGUGAACCUGACCGACCUGCAAAACUAGGAAGUUUAGAAAUUGGAUUAGUGGCUCGUUAUUUCAAUGUAAAUUUGUUUACAUUCGUCCGUUGUUUAGGUCUUGUUAGGAACAUGGGUCCCUCCAUUGUUUUUUUUCUUAUUAAAGUAAAAAUGCUUUCAGCUGCUUCCCCCUCCUUUUGAUGUUAAUUCAUUCUUUUUGUAGAAAUAGGUCCAUGUACCUAGAAACUACAUGAAUAAAAAAAAUUCAAAGAAAUUCCUUAAUUCA